AUGAUACUGUCAAAUAAAUUUGUAGUAUUUCUUUAUUUGGUACUUGUUUUUGUAUAUUUAAAUUUUGAGUCAGUAGAGUUAAAAUUAAACAAUAUAGUUAACAAUGACGAUCCAAAUAGAUUUUUAAAUAUUACCUUUGGAGAUGAUUCACGCAUGCCUGGCAACAUGAACAAUGGGAUCAUAGAAGGCGAUGAUAUAUCGAAGGAGGACAAAGAGGAAAAAAACGAUCAAGAUGACAAAAAUAUGGAAAAUACGGAACAUAUCAAACAUAAUGAACAUGACGAAGUAAACAAAAACAAUCAAAUUUUGAAAAAUGACCAAGAGUCCCAAGGUCAGAGUAAUGAGGCAAAAAAUUCUGAACAUGGUCAGGCCGAAAAAAUGGAAGAAUCAAAAGAGGAGAAGGAAAUGAACUACAGUGCAGGUGAUGGGAUAGAAGUUAGAUUUGUCCCUAAGGAUAUUGACUCUGUGAAGAGCAAUGUCAACCAGAACGUUGAUGGUACUAGCGGCAGUGAGGAAGAGAACUACAAGGUUACUAACGAAAUGAAGGAAAGCAAGUCCGUAGAAGAGAAAAAGAAUGAUGAAGUGGAUGAGUUAAUGAACGAGGAGGAUAAAGAUGCAGACAAUAAUGUUGACAUUAUUGACAAUGAUGACGACGAUGAUGACGAUGAUGAUGAUGAUGAUGAUAAUGAUAAUGAGGAUGGAAAUAAGGACGAAGUGAAGGACGAAAGCGAUGAAUAUGCAAAGGAGCAGCAGAUGGGUGGAAAGAUAACCACUACAACAAUAGCUAAUAAAGAUAGCUUUGAAAAAGAAGAGGAAAACAAAAAAUUGAUGGAAAGGAAAUCCAUUAUGAAUAAUGGAGUAAAUAAUUUAGAAAAACAGAUGAAUAUAGAUAAAACAUGGAAUAAUUUAUUUCUUUUAUUUAAGAAAACAAAACCACAGUUGAAUAAUAUAAAUUAUUUUAGAAAAGAGGUACAAAAUGAAUUGGCUUAUAGAAAUGGAUUAUAUUUUUCAACGACAAGUGUAAAAGAAUAUAAUAAGCAUGUAGAUCCAAAUAAACAUGCAUACAUUAAGUUACCUGAUGAUACAAUGGUAUUAGUAGUAACAGCAAAUAAAUUAUUUUUUCAAGAUUUAGUUUAUUCAAGUAAUAAGUAUAUAGCUAUUAAAAGGAAAUUUACAUUUUUAAUGAAUACUAUAAUACAUAAUUUAAAAAAUAAAUUUUUUUUUAAAAAUUAUGAUUAUCAGUAUUUAUAUAAAGAUGAUUGCUUUGCAUAUGAUCAUACCAAGAAAUUGUUAGAUAUGAGUCUACUAGGAGAAUUAUCCAAAGUUACGCAACCCAUAUAUAUUGAUGAUAUGAAAAGUAGAAAAGUAGACAUGCAUAAACUUUAUGGAGGUUGGUUUCAUUUCCUAGGUAUUAUGGUUGUAAAGGGUUAUACAUAUAAACCAGUUGAAUAUGAUUUAGAAAAAGUAAAUGUUAUACCAGCACAUCAAAUAGAGCAAUUCAAACAAAAAGUUAAUCAAAAACAUGAUGGAUUUAAUAAUGGUUAUGUAGUAGGCUUGUGGAGAGAUUUCCCAGGAAACAAGUAUGCUAAUUGGAGGUAUUCAGUGGAGUUGUUCUUAUGGGAUUUGUUGAAUGUUUUACCACAUGAGUUACCCCAUCCAGCUGACCUUAUCAUGACCUACAAUAGGGGAAGCAUUGAGGAAGUGAGUGGAUAUAGGAUUAGGAGUGAUAAGACUAGUGACGAUCAUAAUGCAGGAGAAAAUGCAGUUAACGUAGUAGCGGAAGGUACACCUGAUGCAACGAAUACUUCACUAGGAGAGCAUGAAUUGAAAGAAAAGGAUGAGGGAAACGAGAAAAAAAUAUUAAGUUAUUCGAAAGACGAAAUAGAAAAUUGGCAUGAAACAAUUAAAAGUAAGAUAAGCACUAACUACAAAGGGUUUGAAGUAGUGAUGGUAUCAGUUAAGGAUUAUAUGAAUACAUUAGGAUAUAACAAUGAUAAUAUUCUUUCAAAAUAUUACAAUGUAAAAAAUAAAAAUGGUUAUAUAUUUUUAAUCUUAUUGAAUAAAGAUUUUUUCGUUGAUGAGUUUGUAAAGAAUGAAAAUUAUGAAGAAGCCAAGAAGAAUUACUUUACAAACAAAAUGAAUGAAAUAAUAGAAAGACUACAAAAAAUUUUAGAUGCAUUAAAGGAAGAGAUAUAUCCUAAUGAUGAUAAUAUUCAACCAGUUGUUACUCUUUAUAAUUAUCUAUCUGAUGAAGCAAAUUAUGAAAAGUUAAAUCCACAUAUAAUAAGUGAAAUUGCUGGUAUUACUAAACACUUAAAGUGCGAUAACCUGAUCCAUGAUGAUGUUAGUUGUUUGAAAGAUAUAUCUAUGCAUUACAAAUAUGGAGGUUGGUUUGAAUUUGGUGCAGCUAUAUAUGUAAAGAAUGUUAACUUUGUUAAUGUAAACUAUGAAAAACAUGAUGAUAUAAUAAAAAAAGAACAUGAAAAUGCAAUUUUGGUACAAGCGAAUGGAAAUUAUCAGUCUGCUUGUUUAUGGAAAGAUUUACCUGAUAAAAACAUGGCUCCUUAUAGAUACCCUCUUGAAAUUUUCGCUAAAGAAAAUUCUCAGCUUAACAUUCUGAAUGUGCAAGAUAUACACCCUUUUGUAUUAGUGGAUCUCCUGAACAAAGGAUUGCAGGUUAUGAAGCAUCAGUCGGAAAAGACCCCCACGUUUGUUAGUGUUAGCCGUAGUGGUAGCAACAGUGGUAGCGGUAGUAACGAUGAGUCUAGCAAACCUGACAGGUUGUACCAGAGCAACUUCAGCCAUAUUAUGAACAAGUACAGGAAACCUGAACGUGCAGGCCAUGAGGAGGAGGGAACUCACGCUUUGGACGACUUGGAGAACGUGGAGAAUGAUCUCAUAACAUCUGUUUUGAAUGUUGAAAAUAAUAGGAUGAACAACAACAGCUUGCAUGGUAAUAGUGUAGAGGACAAUAAUAAUUAUGGAAGUAGUAGUAGUAGUAGUAGUAGUGGUAUUGUCGGUAGUAAGGACAACAAAAAUUUUGAUGAAAACGAGUAUAUUUUUGAGAAUGUAGGAAAGCAGGAUGAUGACAAGAUAUAUGAGGAGGAUACAGAAUAUGGAGGAACAGACAGUACAACAGAUAUAGAUAAGGAUAGUUACAUUGAAGUAAAUGAGGGAGCAGAAACUAGCAAAAAAAAUAAUAUUGUACAGUUGCAUUUCAGGUUUGGAGGUAAGAAUGACGCACGUAGUAGCGGCAGAGGGGAAGGAGAAAGUACGAACAGUAAUAAUAGUAGUGGUAGCAGUAGCUCUGUUGAUGGAGUAGAAGAAAAGAAGAAUUCCGUACUCAACGAUAUUGAAGCCGAAUAUAAUGAUGACUUACAAGAAGCAAAAAUUGUGGGGAAUAAUGCAGAAAGUAUCAACGACUUAAGUCCAAAACCUGAUGAUGAUGACGACGACGAUGAUGACGAUGAUGAUGAAGACGAUUACUUUUCAACAAGCAAUUACAUAAAUAAAGGAAUCGUUAGUGCACAAUCCGUUGAAGAUUUUAAUUCUAAAAUAUACUUAUUUCUCGUUAUUUGCCUUAUAUGUAUUUGUAUUGCCUUACUUGUAAGUAUUUCAUUAAGAUUAUACGCUACAGUUGUGAAAAGAAAAACUAGCGAUAGAAACAGAGUAGUAUUAUCCUUCAAGGAUAAAGAAGAAAUGCCCGUAGUUCAGGGUAUCCCUGCCCCAUGGUUGAGCGAAUAA